CUCCAUUGUCUUCAUGGUCUUGAUGGUUGUGAUCGUUAUGUUGGUAAUGGAUGUUGUGUUUAACUACUGUAUGUAAGUGGGCAGAGUUAGCAGUAUGUCUCUAGGAAGCUUAUUGCCUGCACCCACACAACCGGUUUGGGAUCUAGAUGAAGAGCGAGCGAAAGUGCGUGUACAGUCAUCUUCUGUGGUUGUUGCGAGCCCAACAGCUCCGCCAUAUGGUCAGAGAAGAGGUUGGGUGCCACGAUCACUCGAGGACUUCGGAGAUGGUGGUGCAUUUCCAGAGAUUCCUGUGGCCCAAUAUCCAUUGAAUAUGGGUAGAGAAGGAAAAGAAAGCACAUCAAAUGCCCUUGCAGUUCAGUUGGAUGCCCAGGGAAAGAUAAAGUAUGACGUUCUGGCACGUCAGGGACACUCAAAAGAAAAGAUAAUCUACUCGAAACUGACAGACUUGCUCCCAGCGGAAGUGGUGGCUGAAGAUGAUCCAAGCCUGGAGAGACCGUCAGAGGACGAUGUGCAAGAGACUACUGAGAAAACUCGUCUUGCAUUGGAACGUCUCACACAUACAAAGAUAGCAGCUGCUAUGCCAGUCAGGUGUGCAGAGAGAGCCGGUCCUGCACAGUACAUCCGUUACACACCAUCUCAGCAAGGGGCUGCCUUCAAUUCAGGUGCAAAACAGCGUGUCAUUCGAAUGGUAGAGGCCCAGAAAGAUCCAAUAGAACCACCAAAGUUUAAGAUCAACAAGAAGAUACCUCGUGGACCUCCCUCACCUCCUGCUCCAGUAAUGCAUUCACCAACAAGAAAGGUGACUGUUAAAGAACAGAAGGAGUGGAAGAUUCCACCAUGCAUUUCCAAUUGGAAGAAUGCUAAGGGGUAUACAAUCCCUUUGGACAAGCGUCUCGCUGCAGAUGGACGUGGCUUGCAGCAGGUUCACAUUAAUGAGAACUUUGCCAAACUGGCAGAGGCCCUUUAUAUCGCUGAUAGAAAGGCACGUGAAGCUGUGGAGAUGCGAGCCCAGCUGGAGAAAAAGUUAGCACAGAAGGAGAAGGAGAAGAAGGAGGAACAUCUGCGACAGCUUGCACAGAAGGCCCGUGAGGAACGGGCUGGCAUUAGAACUCAAGCGGCUGCCACAGAUAAAGAUGAAGAGGCUAGGGAGCGUGAUCAGUUGCGUUAUGAACGCCACAAAGAUCGUCAGCGUGAACGCAACAUUGCUAGAGCUGCUCCAGACAAGAGGUCAAAGCUGCAGCGUGAACGCGAACGUGACAUCAGUGAGCAGAUUGCACUGGGUUUACCAGCCAAGAACAUAUCAGGCGGGGAGGUUCAGUUUGACCAGCGUUUGUUCAACACUACAAAGGGCAUGGACUCUGGCUAUGGGGAUGAGGAAUCAUACAAUGUGUAUGAUAAACCGUGGCGUGAGAGUGGCACCGUUGGUGCACACAUCUAUCGCCCUAGCCGAAACUUGGACAAGGAUGUCUAUGGAGAUGAUCUUGACAAGUUGAUCAAAACAAAUAGGUUUGUGCCUGAUAAAGAGUUCAGCGGUACUGAUCGUACUGCCACCAGAAGUGGACCUGUUCAGUAUGAGAAGGAAGGGGAGGAUCCGUUUGGCUUGGACAAAUUCUUAACACAGGCUAAACGUGCCAGCAAGCGUCCCAAGGAUGACCGUGAUCGACGAGGAGAAGAACGUGAUAAGCGUAAGCGGCGGGAAUAGCUAUAGGGUGUAGAGAUACAAACAGCUUGUCUGUAUAAGAAAUGAAUAUAUUGUAUUUGUGGUGAAGUUCUUUUAAUUUGAUUCGGUGAACUGAAGAUGAAAAUUUAUGUAGUGUUGCAAUCAGUGACUUCCAAGAGACAUCCUGUAAUGGAGUACAAUGUGACAUUGAUUAGAACAGACUAGCAGGUCUCUCCACACUGUCUUGUUAUUUGCUGGAGGAUGGAGAAAAUGUGUAAAGAAAUUGUAUAUUGUGUGAGUAUAUAAAUGUAAACACAUUGGACAGAUUUAAAGUACACAUGUUUUAGCUGCCCUUAUACGUACUGUAAAUGUAAGCAUACAGUAAAAAUUUGUGUUCUGAAAAUAGAUUAUAUGAAGUAUGUGUA